ACUACACGGCGCAAUAACCCAGAAGACGGCCAUCGUCACUAUCUGUUGUUCGUAACACAGCAUAUCAAGGUUAUUUGCGUAUGGAGUAUAGUAUAACAAUGUUAACGAAAAUAAAAUUAGUCGACAUUUACAUUUAACCCAUCACGAUUAAAAUAAUCUUGAACACAUCGAAAGAGAAAUCACAGCUGAUCCGCAGAGGUGAAAGGGGCGGUAUCCGCAAGCGAAGAUGGAGAACGAACGAUCUGACAGUGGCGAUGUGACGGCUGAGACAUACUGGUUUGAUCGAUACAAUACAGAGGAGACUUUUGACAUGGAUGCAUGUUUCAGAGCAUUUGAUAAAGAUGGUGAUGGAUACUUGAACUUCAGUGAAUUUCACUCAGUUUGCCGAGCGUUGUUUCGAAAUGACAAAGGGAAGAUAUAUUCUAUGGAACCUAAGAAACUUCAAGAUGUUUUAUCAGUUUUUGACAGAAACAAGGAUGGACAGAUAGACAGGGAAGAAUUUGCAUUCUGCUGGAAUAACUGGAUAAAAAAGAUUGUCCGCCCAGUUAGUGUGUUUCUAGUUGUGGAUGUCCAGAAUGACUUCAUAUCUGGCACACUGAAUAUCAGUCAUUGUUCUGCAAGGCAGAAUGGGGCAGAGGUUGUAGAACCUAUAAACAGACUUCUUGAGACAGUGGAGUUUGAUGCAGUCUUCUACUCAUUGGAUUGGCAUCCUAGUGACCAUGUGUCAUUCAUUGACAAUCUUCCACAACGCAAAUUACAUGAAUCCAGUCCAGUGAGUACUGAAGAAGCCAAAACAUAUGACACAGUUGUCUUUGAAGGUCCACCACCAAUGAAACAAAGACUGUGGCCAAGACAUUGUGUACAAGAUUCUUGGGGAGCAGAACUGCAUAAGGAUCUGAAGAUAGUUGAAAAGUCUAUCAAGGUAUGCAAGGGUACAAAUCCUGAAGUGGAUUCCUAUUCUGUUUUUUGGGACAAUAAGAAGCUGACAGAAACUACACUGGUGUCACAGCUUCAAGAGAAAAAUGCCACAGAUAUCUACAUUUGUGGGUUGGCGUAUGAUGUUUGUGUUGGUGCUACUGCAGCUGAUGCUUUGGCAAUUGGUUACCGAACUAUACUUAUUGACGAUUGUAGCCGAGGUGUUGACCUAAAGGAUAUUGAAAAAACCAAGAACACUGUCACAAGUAACAAUGGUGUUAUUGUUGACUCUUCUCAGGUGAAGGCAAUGGUUGAAGGUCGUGAUAGAAGACCUGAACUGGGCUACAAGUUAGCUAUGGAGCUAAAGGGUGCUAUCUCUCACAAAUCCACGUAGAAAUCAGUACCUGGAAGUGAGAGGGCGCAGUACUUAACCACUUGUUCACUUUCCACCAACAUAGCAGGCCUACUUGCACAUGUAUGCUUUGAUAUAUAUUCAGGUGAGAAGGAGGCACUGUUUGGACUUACUUCAGGGAAUGAUGCAUUGGCUUUGGGUUUUGUGUGUGUGAGAGAGAGGGAUAUCAGUCUUUCAUAACCAGACUUGAGAUCAAUUUUACAUUUCUUCACUUAAUUGCUAGAAAAGUUUGUAAGACCAGUCUUCGUCUAUUUCUGCCAGGACUACCAACAAUGACAAGCAGCAUUUUAAAUAGCAUUUUAUAUCACCAUUUUCCACACCACAUACAUGAAGAAAAAUUUGGGAUGUUAAAAAUUUUGAGUUGCAAUAAAUGGCAGUGUGAGCCGGGAUAGCUCAGUCAGUAUAGUGACUAGCUACGGGCUGGAUGGCCGGGGUUUGAUCCCCGACGGGGGCAGAGGAUUUUUCCUCUA